AUGCCUCCUCUCUGGGCCCUGCUGGCCCUCGGCUGCCUGCGGCUCGGUGUGGGUGUGCACCUCCAGCCCCAACUGGCCAGCAUGACCUUUGCCACCAACAACCCCACCCUCACCACUGUGGCCUUGGAAAAGCCUCUCUGCAUGUUUGACAGCUCAGCGGCCCUUGGUAGCAACUAUGAGAUCUACCUCUAUGUCCUCGUCGACCUAGCCAGCUCCAGGAACGCCUCCGUGCAGGACCAUAGCAGGACCCCGCUGAGCUCCACGUUCCAGCAGACAGAGGGAGGGAGGACGGGCCCCUACAAGGCCGCGGCCUUUGACCUGGCCCCCUGCAGCGACCUGCCCAGCUUGGAUGCCCUAGCGGACGUGGCCCGGGCCUCGGAAAUCCUGAAUGCAUACCUCAUCAGGGUGGGCGCCAAUGGAACCUGCCUGUCAGACCCCAACUUCCGGGGCCUCUGCAACCCGCCCCUGUCGGCAGCCACGGAAUACAGGUUCCAGUACGUCCUUGUCAAUAUGUCCACGGGCUUGGUACAGGAUCAGACCCUGUGGUCCGACCCCAUCCGCACCAAGCGGCUCACCCCGUCCUCAGAGAUUGACACGUGGCCGGGCCGGCGGAGUGGGGGCAUGAUCGUCAUCACGUCCAUCCUGGGCUCCCUGCCCUUCUUCCUGCUCAUCGCCUUUGCUGGCGCCAUCGUCCUCAGCCUUUUGGACCCGGGCAGCUCGGACAGGGAAACGACACACGACUCCCAGAUCACGCAGGAGGCCGUCCCCAGGUCCCUGGGGACCUCGGAGGCCGCGCACACGUCUGCGAACCGGGGGCCGCCGCUGGACCGGGCUGAGGCAUACAGCCGCAAGCUCCAGGACUGA